ACUCCUGCGAGCAUCUCCGCCCGUGAGCCGAGGUGCGGGUGCCGCGGCUCCCUAGCGUUUGGGCCUCAGGCCUCGCGCGCUUCGCUCCUUCUCAGCCGCUCCUCUCUGGCUGCGCGUCGGCUGUCUGCUGCCUGCGUGGGCCUGAAGGGUGCCGCCGCACUUACAGUGUUGACGGAGUAGGAAGAACAUGGAAUCCAUCUCUCUACCUAAACAACAAUCGUACUGGCAGAAACUGAAGUAACUAUUUUGGAACUCUGGAGUCUAUUUGAAUGCUUGCAUGUUCCAGAGGAAAAUUUGCAUUCAAGGACCUUCCCAUUCUGCCUCCAGCUUACCACAUCAAUCCAUUGAGUUUGAGAUACAAAUUCCAGUUUCUAGGAUAUACAAGGUCUAAGGGAACAAACUCAGUGACUUCUUGAGGAAGCAACCAUUCAGAUCCAGAAGGCAUUUUUAAAAUAUUUAAUCAUUCAUGAGUUGAGCUUCAUUCUUGAGUCAUGGAUGACAAGGCUUCUGUUGGAAAAAUCAGUGUCUCCUCAGACUCUGUGUCUACUCUUAAUAGUGAAGAUUUUGUCUUGGUUUCCAGGCAAGGAGAUGAGACACCAUCUACAAAUAAUGGAAGUGAUGACGAGAAAACAGGACUCAAGAUUAUAGGGAAUGGAAGUGAACAGCAGCUGCAAAAAGAGCUAGCAGAUGUGCUGAUGGAUCCUCCAAUGGACGACCAGCCAGGGGACAAGGAGCUUGUGGAAAGGCCACAAUUGGAUGGCGAAGGAGAUGGGCCUCUUUCUAAUCAACUCUCAGCUUCAUCCACCAUUAACCCUGUGUCAUUAGUAGGGCUCCAGAAACCAGAGAUGAGCCUGCCAGUGAAACCUGGACAAGGAGAUUCUGAAGGGUCUAGUCCUUUCACACCAGUGGCUGAUGAGGACAGUGUAGUUUUCAGCAAACUAACUUAUUUAGGCUGUGCCUCAGUAAAUGCUCCCAGGAGUGAAGUGGAAGCCUUAAGGAUGAUGUCCAUCUUAAGGGGCCAGUGUCAGAUUUCACUAGAUGUAACCCUGUCAGUGCCGAACGUAUCUGAAGGAACUGUGAGACUCUUAGAUCCUCAGACAAACACUGAAAUAGCAAACUACCCUAUCUACAAAAUCCUCUUCUGUGUUAGAGGGCAUGAUGGAACUCCUGAGAGUGACUGUUUUGCUUUCACUGAAAGUCAUUACAAUGCAGAGCUCUUCAGAAUACAUGUCUUCCGGUGUGAAAUACAAGAAGCUGUGAGCCGGAUACUUUACAGUUUUGCCACUGCCUUCCGCCGUUCUGCCAAGCAGACCCCGCUCUCAGCAACUACUGCACCUCAGACUCCUGACAGUGACAUCUUUACCUUCUCUGUGUCUUUAGAAAUAAAAGAAGAUGAUGGUAAAGGUUAUUUUAGUGCAGUUCCUAAAGAUAAAGACAGACAAUGCUUUAAACUACGCCAAGGAAUUGAUAAAAAGAUUGUCAUCUAUGUGCAACAAACAACUAAUAAGGAACUUGCCAUUGAAAGGUGUUUUGGUCUUCUCCUUAGCCCAGGAAAAGAUGUACGAAAUAGUGACAUGCACUUGUUAGAUUUGGAAUCUAUGGGCAAAAGUUCAGAUGGAAAGUCCUAUGUUAUUACUGGGAGUUGGAAUCCAAAAUCCCCACAUUUUCAGAUUGUAAAUGAAGAAACUCCUAAAGAUAAAGUGCUGUUUAUGACCACAGCUGUUGAUUUAGUAAUAACAGAAGUGCAGGAGCCUGUUCGCUUUCUCCUAGAGACAAAAGUCCGAGUUUGCUCACCUAAUGAAAGAUUAUUCUGGCCCUUCAGCAAACGUAGUACUACUGAAAAUUUCUAUUUGAAACUAAAACAGAUAAAGCAAAAGGAGAGAAAGAACAAUACUGACACUUUAUACGAAGUUGUGUGCUUGGAAAGUGAAUCAGAGAGAGAGAGGAGGAAAACUACAGCCAGUCCCUCAAUUCGCCUGCCACAGUCUGGAUCUCAGAGUUCAAUGAUACCUUCUCCUCCAGAAGAUGAUGAAGAGGAAGAUAACGAUGAACCUCUCUUGAGUGGAUCUGGUGAUGUAUCUAAAGAAUGUGCAGAGAAAAUUCUUGAAACAUGGGGAGAACUGCUCUCUAAAUGGCAUCUUAACUUGAGUGUGAGGCCAAAGCAGUUGUCAUCCUUAGUAAGAAGCGGUGUUCCUGAAGCUCUUCGAGGAGAAGUCUGGCAGCUGCUAGCAGGUUGUCACAACAAUGACCACCUGGUAGAAAAAUACCGAAUUCUCAUCACAAAGGAGUCUCCCCAGGACAGUGCUAUCACUCGUGAUAUUAACCGGACAUUCCCAGCGCAUGACUACUUUAAGGACACAGGAGGAGAUGGACAAGAUUCCUUAUAUAAAAUAUGCAAGGCUUAUUCUGUGUAUGAUGAAGAAAUUGGCUAUUGCCAAGGCCAGUCAUUUCUUGCUGCUGUUCUGCUUCUCCAUAUGCCUGAGGAACAGGCAUUCAGUGUUCUGGUCAAGAUCAUGUUUGACUAUGGUCUCAGGGAACUUUUCAAGCAAAACUUUGAAGAUUUGCAUUGCAAAUUUUACCAGUUGGAGCGCCUCAUGCAGGAAUACAUUCCUGACUUGUACAACCACUUCCUGGAUAUAAGCCUUGAAGCACACAUGUAUGCCUCCCAGUGGUUUCUUACGCUCUUCACUGCAAAAUUCCCUCUCUACAUGGUCUUCCAUAUCAUCGACCUGCUUUUAUGUGAGGGAAUAAGUGUUAUUUUUAAUGUCGCCCUUGGAUUAUUAAAGACUUCCAAAGAUGACUUGCUAUUGACGGACUUUGAAGGUGCACUGAAGUUCUUCAGGGUUCAGCUUCCUAAGAGAUAUCGCUCAGAAGAAAAUGCAAAAAAACUGAUGGAAUUAGCUUGCAACAUGAAGAUUAGUCAGAAGAAGUUGAAAAAAUAUGAAAAAGAAUAUCACACCAUGAGGGAACAGCAGGCCCAACAAGAAGACCCCAUCGAGCGAUUUGAGCGGGAGAAUAGGCGUCUACAAGAAGCUAACAUGAGGUUGGAACAGGAAAAUGAUGACUUAGCCCAUGAGCUGGUGACCAGUAAGAUUGCACUGCGAAAGGACCUGGAUAACGCUGAGGAAAAGGCAGAUGCACUGAAUAAGGAGCUGCUUAUGACCAAACAGAAAUUGAUUGAUGCAGAGGAAGAGAAAAGACGGCUGGAAGAAGAGUCUGCUCAGCUAAAAGAAAUGUGCCGUCGGGAACUCGACAAGGCAGAAUCUGAGAUUAAGAAAAACAGUUCUAUCAUCGGUGACUACAAGCAGAUUUGUUCUCAGUUGAGUGAAAGAUUAGAGAAGCAACAGACUGCUAAUAAAGUGGAAAUUGAAAAAAUUCGGCAAAACGUGGACGACUGUGAGCGCUGCCGGGAAUUUUUCAACAAAGAAGGGCGCGUAAAGGGCGUCAGCUCAGCUGAGGACGUUGUGGACGAGGACGCAGAUGAGGAGAAGGAAACCCUCAAGAACCAGCUGAGAGAGAUGGAACUGGAACUGGCACAAACCAAGCUGCAGCUGGUGGAAGCUGAGUGUAAGAUCCAGGACUUGGAGCACCAUUUAGGCCUUGCCCUCAACGAGGUACAGGCGGCCAAGAAGACGUGGUUUAACCGAACACUGAGCUCCAUAAAGACGGCAACCGGGGUUCAAGGGAAAGAGACUUGCUGAGAGCAGCUGCUGCCUCCAGACACCUUCAGAAAACAUGACACCUUUUGUUGCCUUCUUUGGCCAGAUGUGUGAUUCUGUGACAUGUCCCAGGACCAGAAUGUACCUAAGUCAGAUCCAUAGAAGCAUGUGGGUAGGUUGUUGGACCAGAGCUCAUGAAGCAGGCAGGCUGUGCGGUAAGGCUCUCCUCACUCCUGAUACUAACAGGCCUGCUGGCUGGCCUGCAGCUCUGGACAUUCCAGAAAGUCACUCCUCCGUGUGACCUCCGGGCCUCUUCCUGGUUAGAUCAGCUCCUCACGCAGCCCAGCGGCUGAGUGACAUUAUCAGAGUCUGGGGAUCUUUCAGGCCUUUGGUUUUUUUCUAAACCUUUAAUCUUUUUUUUAAAAAUACACAUAUUAUUAUAUAUUGGGGGAGGUGGGGCAGGGGAUUGGUAGCUCAAAUAAUUAUCUGCUCCAGUGCCAGCAGAGGGUCCUCCAGGUAGACAUGGAGAAGCACUUUGUUUUAAAUAGGAGGGUUUCAUGGUUGUAGGUGAAGCCACCUAGUUUCGUUAAACUAACUCUACGAUGCACAGGUUU